AUGCGCAGGAAUCCUCCGCCCUUCGCUCCCUUUACCACCAUCCUCGCCAAGAUCUGUCUUCAAGUGACUGUGCAACAACCUCGAAUGUCUGCCAGUAGCCCGGAUAAGGUGCGCUCUCGUUAUGGCGCGUCGAUUGUAGGGCUUCCGCAAUUGGGAGACGCUUCCAACCAUACUCCCUCUACGAUGCAGACUACCACACCAUCCCCGGCUCAAUCGAAGGUAGCGGAGACCAAUGCCGUCAGGGACUCUGUGAAUGGAGAUUUGAGCUUGAUGAAGGGGCUGCGUGUGAUGCUUGGGGGAGGCAAAACCAUACUCAUUGAUCCGUCUGCUCGUGUGAAUGGCGUAAGGCCCUGUCCUGCAUUUGUUAAGAUCAAGGUCUCACCCCACCUAUGCUUCAUCGAUCGCUUGCCGACGGAGCUGCUAUGCGCCAUCUUCAUGAUGUGCGGCGACCCGAACAAGCUUUUUUCGUACCCGCGAAACGAGUCGUCGGACAAGAUGGAAUCUCAGAACAGGACACACUUUUACAGCUGGGCGACCGUGACCAUCGGCUAUGUCUGCUCAAGAUGGUUCCACACCACGCGUAGCUGCCCACAGCUCUGGACGAUGAUUGACGUGCCGCGGCCGAAGCUCUGUGAUAUCUUCGCGCUCAGACUCAGUCUGAAGUACUCCGCCAAUCUUCCGCUCACGCUUCGGAUCAAUGACUACCAUGUCAGGUCCCAAGAUGGUAGCGGUUCUGUCGCUUGCACGGUAUUCAUGCGCUUUGUUUCUGCGUACGCCUCUCGCUGGGAAGAGAUAUCCAUCAUUCUACGUUCCGUGACACCCGAUAUAGUCCAUCCACUUUUGGAGAUUUCACGCGCAUCCUAUAGCUGUCUGAGGCAAGCAAUGAUCCACUUCGAGUCAGACGGUGCUAACAGGUCGACGACAACGCGCCUGUGGGAUUUGUUCUAUGCGUCCCCCGUCCUCAGGACUUGCCAGUGGUUCUACACGCGUAUCAGCGCUUCUGAAUCUGUUCUCCACCAUCUUACUCGCAUCGGCAUAGAUGACAUACAGCCCGACGAGAUCAUGAAGCUCCUCACAGCAUGUCCUCAUCUCGAGGCCCUCCAGGCUGUCGUCACCCCUGAACCGAGUGUAUUUGUGGGUGAAGAUGACGGAUACUUGUUCCCGAUCAAAUCACCGCCCAUCAUCCUCUCGCGUCUGCGAUUCCUGGAGCUUAGAGGAAUGCACGACUGGUCGCGCUUCUUCGAGAGUAUCGCCAUACCAAAGAUCCGGCGGCUUGGUCUGUCUACGACCGGUGUACAGGCCCAAGCGAUCAGCGCAAUGCUGAGGCGCUCGUCGGCACAUUUGGACGCGCUUGCCCUACGGCGGCUGUAUUCGGGGAACGACGAAGAAGUCGCCGCUCUUCUUCGAAGCCAUGAAUUGCAGCUGCUAAAGGUCUUCUGCUAUCAGCCGUACGAUGGCCCUUGUCAAGUCAUCCUACCCGAGGAUCUCAUGGCGCUCGUCAGCGCUUGCCCCGAACUGCAAGUCCUGCAAGCGGUCGUCCAGCCUGCGGACGCAUUCGUCGGUAGGAACGAUGGUCACCUCAUUCAGACGCUGCCGGCACCUAUACACCUUCCUCAUCUUCGAGUUCUCUCGCUUCGCGGCAUGUACGACUGGACGCGCUUUUUCGACGGGAUCACGGCACCCAACAUCAGCCGGAUGGAAAUGGCCCUCGCGGGUAUCCAGGCCAUCUCGAUAAGUGCUAUGUUGAGCCGCUCGUUUGCGCGUCUCGACAUGCUGGCUCUUCGCUGGGUACGGCCGGGGUGGGACGACGAGAUUGUGGCGCUCCUUCGCAGCCGAGAAUUAGAGGAGCUCAAAGUCUUUCGCUAUGAGCCACAUGAAGGACGCGAACGGGAGUCCUUCAAUCCUUCUUCUUACUUGCCACCGAAUCUUGUCGCAUUCACCAGAACCACGCGCUCUUUCUCUGAGCUGCCUCAGAUCGUUGCUGUCGAUAGUCGCCUCCCCCCGGCGAUGCAAGACCAAACCCUACCUGAAACUGAGGCGGAGGUGGAACUCGCCUUCCUUGCUAAGGAUUCCCUGCGAAAUGUCCCCGAUGAGCUGAAAGGCCUUUCGGUGCUGUCCUCGGAGGGCAAGUAUCUCGUUGUCGGCCCACCCGACGUUGCGCCCGCGUACGGCGAUCAUUCUGUACCCUUGGAAGUGGUCAUCGCGCGACACAAGCGCAGGAAGAACAAGCUCGCAUCCCAUCCCUGCUACAUUCAUCGACUGCCGACUGAGGUGCUGUGCGCCAUCUUCCUGAUGUGCGGCGACUCGAACAAACUCUUUGACUACCCGCGGGACGAACAUACGGAGCCUAUGAGCGUCUACAGGAACUACGGGGCGUCAUUCUACAUUCGUGAAACGAUGCUCAUUGGCAGCGUCUGCUGGCGGUGGUACACGAUCACGCGAGGAUGUCCUCGACUCUGGACGCUGAUAGACAUUCCGCUACCGCAAUCCUGCGAUGUUGCUGCCCUGAAACUUAGUCUUAAGUAUUCGAAGGACCUCCCCCUCACGCUACGACUCAAUGACUAUCAUUACACGGCAAAGGAACGCCGCAGCGUGCAAGCUUGUAGGCAGUUCAUGACUCUGGUCGCUGCUUCUGCCUCUCGUUGGAAGGAAAUAUCUAUCAUCAUGGUGCACGAGCCUCCGACGAUACACGCUAUGGUCCUCCCCCUCUUAGACCUUCCUCGCAACGUCUUUGUCUCCCUGAAGCGAGCGAUGCUCCGCUUCCACGGUGACGACUCUCGUAGCACAGUAGCCUCGCGCCUCUGGCAAGUAUUCUAUGGGUCACCUGUCCUGCAUGUCGCCCAGUGGUACCAUCUCCCCGAUCUCAACCCACCAUCCUCUACUCUCCUCAGGCUCACGCAUCUAGGUGCGAAUGCUCUUCGACCGGAGGUUAUAGUGGAGAUCCUUCGUUCAUGUCCUCAACUUCAGGUUUUGCAAGCCGUAGUGCAACCAGCUCCGCACAUAUAUCCCGAGCGAGAGGACGGGUACCUGAUACCAACGGCACACCCGCCUAUCUAUAUGGCUCAUUUACGAUCUCUCACCCUCAGAGGCAUCCACGAUUGGACGCAUCUCUUCGAUGGGAUUACGGCGCCAAACUUGCGUCGCCUUGAGAUCUUCAUAGCAGGUGUUCAAGCGGGUCCCAUAUGCGCCAUGUUGAGGCGCUCAUCUGCAUAUCUAGACAUGCUGGCUCUGCGCUGGAUAUAUCCUGGAUAUGACGACGAAAUUAUCGCCCUUCUCCAGAGCCGCGAGCUAAAGCAGCUGAAAAUCUUCCGUUGUGACCCUUACGAUGGCGUGCACCGCGAACCGGAUCGCUUCGACUUUUCUCCGUACUUGCCCUUCAAUCUUGUCGCUUUCACUAGAACGUACGAAGCCACGGAACAAGCGUAUCUUGCGUUGCAGAGGGCCGCGCAACACGUCCCUCAACUCCGAAGUACCCGCACGCCAGACGAGCUGAACUCAAGCACGCCUACAUCACCGUUGUCUUCGACUAUAUUCACCUUCGUCAUGUCCCAAACGCAGAACGUGCGCCCUUCCUCUGAGCUGCCUCUAAUCAUUGCUACCAGUUCAGGCUGUCUUCCUCCGUCGAUACAAAGCGCGGCCCCACCAGAACCUAAUGCGGAAGUAGAACUCGCCUUCCUCGCCAAGGAUUCUCUGAAGGAGAUUCCCGGUCAGUCUUUCCGACCAAUCACGAUCAUGCGGACGCUGGAUAUGCUUGCAGAGGAGCUGAAGGGACUUUCGGUGCUGUCCUCGGAGGGCAAGUAUCUCGUCGUCGGCCCGCCUGGCAUCGCACCUGCGUACGGCGAUCACUCGGUACCCUUGGAAGUGGUCAUCGCGCGUCACAAGCGCAAGAAGGACAAGCUCGCACCCCAGCCCUGCUAUAUCCAUCGCUUGCCUACAGAGGUGCUGUGCGCCAUCUUCUUGAUGUGCGGCGACCCGAACGAACUCUUUGACUACCCGCGGGACGAACAAACGGACCCUCAUAGACUGCACCACAGCUGGAGAGGGUCAUUUUACAUUCGGGAGACGAUGAUCAUCGACCGCGUCUGCUGGCGUUGGCACACAAUCACGCGCGGUUGUCCUCAGCUCUGGACGCUGAUCGAUAUCCCGCUACCUCAAGCUUGCGACGUCGCAGCCCUGAAGCUCAGUCUCGAGUACUCCAAGGGCCUCUCCCUGACGCUGAGGCUGAACGACUUCUAUCAUACAAAUAGCAACACUCGGAGCGUAAAGGCUUGUCGGCAGUUCAUGAGCCUCGUUGCGGCGUCCGCCUGUCGUUGGGAGGAAAUUUCCAUCAUCGUGAUACACGAACCUCCUUCCGUAUCGGAUCUGGUCGAGCCCCUGCUUGAACUCUCGCGCGACUCGUUCACGUCCUUGUCGCGAGCCAUUCUGCGCUUCGGCAGGACUGAUGCGCGUCGCGCAACGGCUUCACGUCUCUGGGAGGUGUUCUACAUGUCACCCGUACUUCGUGUGGCACAGUGGUCCCACGCGACUCCCAUACCCCCGGCGGCGACGUUCCAAGGAUUGACCCAUGUGGGAGUGGACUUGAUCUACGCUGAAGAAAUCAUGAGCUUUCUUCGCGCGUGUUCUCAGGUGCAAGUACUCCAAGCGGUGGUGAAGCCGUCUCCGCACAUAUACCCCAGCACGGACGACGGCUACCUCAUUCCCACCCUCCCGGCUCCUAUACAGCUGCCGCAACUGCGCAUCCUCAUGCUCAGAGGCAUGUCAGACUGGUCGAAUCUAUUCGGCGGAAUAACGCCUCCCUAUCUACAUCGCCUGGAUAUCAGUAUGGGAGGUCUUCAGGCAGAGGCGAUCCUCACCAUGCUGAAGCGCGCAUCGGCGCGUCUGCGGGCACUUAGCCUGCAAUGGAUAUACCCUGGACACCACGACGAUGUCGUAACUCUUCUGCGAAGUAACGAAUUGCAGGGCCUGAUGAUACUUCGUUAUUACGGAUAUGACGGAUAUGACCUUGAACCUGACCACUUCGACCCUUCCCCAUACUUACCCCCUCAUUUACACUCACUGACCAAGACAUACGAGGAUAUGGAAAAUGCAUGUCGUUCAUUGAAUAUCUGCUAA